GACGUGACAGGAGCAAGAAGUUUUGGACAAUUUCUAUGGGGACCGCAGGAUGUAUAUAAUGCGAGAUUUGCGGCAAAGAAGUCUACAAAAUCCGUGACAAACUCAGAUCCACUGUCGGAGCAAAACCGUGAAGUUAAAAUGGGAAACAUGAACGAAGUGGACGGUAGAUGGCAACUGCUGGAAAAAGCAAAAAGGGAAGAAGCGGAAGGUAACGGAUCUACCUUUAUUCGAGAAUGCCGAAUCCACCCAGACUUUCUCUGUGUUUUAGCCAGUAACCGCCAGCUGAAUUAUCUGAAGCAUUUUUGCACCAAUGGGAACGAUUUCUGUGUUCUUGGGAUAGACCCAACCUUUAAUAUUUUCCAAGAAAAUAUUAGCCUCACUGUGAUGACGUAUCGAAACCUGAAGUUGCACCACAACGCAACCAAGAAAUCGCCAGUUUUUAUUGGUCCACUUCUUAAUGUGCACCAAAGAAAGGAUUGGAAAACCUACUCACGAUUCGCAAACUCGCUUAUUGCUGAAUAUCCAGGUCUCGAUGGAGUCUUAGCUUGCGGCACAGAUGGAUAAAAGGCUUUAAUCGACGACCUAAACAGAAACUUUCGAUUUGUGUUGUUCUUGAGGUGUUUUAUUCACUUUAAAGAUAACAUUAAGAGAGAGUUGGAGCGACGAAACAUCCCACCUAGAGAGAAGAAAGUUUUUCUGAAUGAGAUUUUUGGAAAAGAAGAGGAAGAAGUGAAAUUUUUGGGUUUGGUUGAUAGCAACGACGAAGACGAUUUUCAAAACAAACAGGAGAACCUGGAGGAAUUGUGGAACACCAGAGAAGCCCAAUGUGGUGGUUCCAACCGUGAUGGUACUUUCUAUGAAUGGUUUGUUAAAGAAAAGGUGGGUGGAUCAUUUUACAGAAAGCUAGCCUGUUCUGCAGGCAUCUAUAUAUUUGCUUUGUCAAAGUGAGUUGGUUUUUUAAGGUUUUAAAAGCAAUUUUUUGUACGCACGAACACGAAACGCUUGUGUAAGUUUUUGCACACCAUAAAUCAAAUACACGUAAGGCUCGAUUUUUACAUGUAUGUUCCGUAAUAUUUAAAUGGUUUAAACUUAUUUAACUUUGUUACAGUGCGUGUACGUGUGUAUCAAACACGCACAACUGAAACGCCAAAAAAUAUUGCCGCUGGGGUGCAAUAACGCAAAUUUACUUUUCGAUUUUUUCUGGUCUAUCCGGUUGUUAAUGUUUUCACACAAGCAAAAUUUUGGUUUAUUAGAAUUAGAGGAUUUACUUUAUGACCUACAAACAAUUUUACUUCUUUAAAAACAUGACAUGUUAUUGAUGUCGCAGUUGUAUACCGUAGUUGUUAUAUUUUAGGUAGUAAUUAACCUAAAACAUAUCAAGAUAGCAAUGAUAUGCAAAAAAAUGAUAUACGAAAAAGCUAAUUAAUACCCCCGUCCAAUAUUACAUCAUUUCCUUAGGACAAUAUCAAUUUUUUGCGGGGUGGGGUUAGAGCUGGGGUGGGGUUAGAGCUAUCUCCUUUUUAUCAUAUUCCGAUUGGAUAUUUUUAAAUAACACUAAAUUAUUUUUGCGUCUUUAGGCUACUCAAAUCAAGGAGUCGAUGCUGAAGCCAAUACGAAUUGAGGCCGGUCUUGGAAAUAUCCCAAGAGAGUACACGAAUAAUGACCCGGAAGCAGCAAAUUUUAUGAUUAAGCAUGCCCUAAAGUUUGAUGCAUAG